ACACGAACUCGCAGUACUAGGUAAUGUUUGUGCAUAUCGGCUCGUCAGCCAGCAGAAGAAAUAGCUGGCAGGCUGCAACGCAUCGAGAAAAAUAUUUCCAUUCAAUCGCAAUCAAAUAAGGAAGUGAACGGGAGUAUCAAAAUAGUGCGGAAAAGUCGAAAAUCAGUGCGUAAAUCGUUGAAAAGUGCACGAUUUGUGGAGUUUACUUGCGGUGGAUUCGGUUUUAGUGAAAAUUGACGUGGAAAAUUUGACGUACGAGCAGUAAAUCGCAAAAGUUUCUGGGGACCCAAAUCGGUGGAAGGGAAAUAUUUUUGUGACAGAUUUGUAGUGAAAGGUGCUCCGCUUGCUGGCUGCAUUUCUCCAAUAUUAGUGGACGUGGUGCCGUCCGUCCUUCCUUUGGCAACAAAGAGUGUCAUCUCGCCCAGGGGUGUGGGGGAUCGUUCGUAAAGAAGAGCAGAACUAAAUUUAGAUCAAAACGUAGUCGUGCUCAAGUUGUUCUAUAGAGUGUGAAAACCAUAAUAAUUGUGACUCACCGUCAGUCCCUACAAGGCCCCUUAGCGGAACGACAACGUUCCGCUACAUAGACAGGUUUGCUUCGGAGCUGGCUGUCCAGUGUUUCGAUUGCAUCAUGGAUAUUACGCUGAUAGUCAAAGCCUCGAACCAGCAGUUCGACGACCAGACGAUCAAGUGCCAACCGUCCUGGACGAUUCGGCGCCUCAAGGGACACCUGACGGAGGUGUACCCGGGGAAACCCAGUACCGACGAGCAGAAACUUAUCUACUCCGGACAGUUGCUCAGCGACAGCGUCGUACUAAAGGACAUUCUCCGACACUACGAUGGCCAGAAGGCACACACCGUACACUUAGUAUUCACACCCAAAAACAACCGUCACAGGGACUUCAGCUCAGGUGCCACGACGAACGCUUCUGGCUCAACCAUGGCGCCGAAAUCCAACAAUGAGCCAGCAGGUGCCACAUCAACCGCAGCGACCGGUUCCAGAGUGGAAUCGACGCGGUCUCCCGAAACGGGCACGAGCAGUGGUAGUUCAUUCGGGGCGGACGGCUUACGACAAAGGAAUGUGACCGGCAGCCAAACUAUGAACACAGUAACGCAGACAACGGUGGCCACAAACCCAAUCCCACCGGCUUCGGCGGACUACAUCAUGGGCCAACACCUGGCCAUGCAGAACUGGAUGCAGCAGGCCUAUAUGCAGUAUCUUAAUCAGUACAUGAAUGUGAUAUCCAACGGGCAAACUCCUCAAGCGCUGUACGCCAAUGCGCCCACCAAUGCAGCCAACCUCAUCAUACCUCAGUCUAGUCCUCAAACAAAUGUCGCUCAACCGGCGCAGCAGCCAAGUCCCAAUCCGGUUCUGGCACAAACCCUACCCAACCUGGCCUACUAUCCGUACCUGUCCACAAUGAGCUCGUCGCCGAUGCCAUCGGCCAGCAGCAUUCCAGCUCCGAUCACGUCCAGUGGCCCGAUUCCAACUGGCCCAUCGCCAGCAACCGGCAGCGUCCCGCCCGGUCCAUCUAGUCAACCAACAAUCCCAAGUCCGGUGCCGUCACCGGCCAGUUCCCCUGCGGCAGGUACAUCCGGUGCUAGUGCUAGUGCGUCUUCAAGUGCACCUACGGCGACGGCGACUACGGCCACGGCGGCUGCUGGAGUGCAGCAAGAAGGAACAGCACAAGCAGCUCCAGCGGCUGCCCCAGUCGCAGCUGGUGCUGCUGCGGCCGCUCCAGCCCGGAGGUUCCCUAACAUCGUUGUCGAAGAGCAGGAAAAUCGCGACUGGUUGGACAUUAUCUUCAGCAUGUGCCGCGUGGGGAUUCUCAUUACCGUCGUGUAUCUGUACUCGUCGCCGACGCGAUGCAUGGCGGUGUUUUUCGUUGGGGUCAUGCUGUAUCUUUACCAAAGAGGCUUUUUCCGCAACGACAGGGCCGAUCGAAUGGAAUUCGCUCGGCGAUUAGUGGUCCAGCAAAUCAACAUGGCCCAUAUGAUGCGACAGAGGGCCGAGAUGCGAGCACGAGUUGCUCCUGCUGCUGUUCCGGCUGUCGCUGCCGCCGCCGAGGCUGCUGCCAAUGCACAAGCACAAUCACCGGCUGGUCCUGGUGCCCCAUCAACCACAGCCACAACGGCAGCGCAAAACGACGAAGCCGAUGGAUCAAAAACGACGGAUGCCAGUUCCUCCUCGGCGCUCCCUGAACAGGACUCCACUGCGGGAGAGGAAUCCACAGUCGAAGAAAUGGCAACCGAUCUAUCGAACUCCACGCCCGAGGCCAAUCGCAUGAACAUAAACGACGUGGCCGCCUUCCUCCGGACCAUGGUGCUGUCGUUUAUCACGUCGAUUAUUCCGGAUACGCCCGCCGCCUAGACGGCGCCAGCGCUCAUCUAUGUCUUAAACACCAUCACAUUUGGUAACGUUACUGGUUGGUAGAUCUAUCGAAAUCUGUGAAUAGCGCUAUUGUUGUAGGAAAGGUAUUUACGAUCUAUAUUAGGGAUCAUCGAUUAAUUUGCGAUGCGGUAACAAAGUGGCGAGGUAUCAAAUCGAAAUUUAUUGUAAAUAUCAUCUUCAGAUUGGCAUCCUUUUAGUUGGCCUAGAAAAUUUCACAUAAGCUAAAUUAUAGAGUUGCAUUUUUAUUUUACAUUGUAUUUAGUUUACGUUUAUUCUGCAUCUAGACGUACCAAGAGGUGAAAUUCGUCAAAUGUGGCUACUUUUCAUGUGUCCACCACGAACAGGCGACAGUGUUUUUAAGUAUCGAAACCCAGAGUCAGGUUUAUGUUGAUUCCCAUAAAACAAUAUUUACUACAAUUCGGCUCUGGAUAAAUAUCAUGUUUGGAUGCUGUGAAACGAGUUCAGUUCAAUAACUACAGCUUCAGAAGUAAUUGUCUUGAAUCUAAUGUCCACAUCCAAUGAAAUUUAUUCAGAGAGCGAGCAGCAGAAUCGUAGCUGAUUUGAAGUCCCCUAGAGUUUAUAACCGACAUGCAACUGCUUUUAUCACAACUUUAUGCGCAUAAUUUUCAGGUGCUGCAAAGAUUACGGAUCAUUCGAUCAAGUGUAAAACACCUUUCGCACUGCUGGAAGGCUUUGGAAACAAUAGAUUGACGACGCAUUCGAUUAUAGCAA